CCCCCGCGCCCCCCGCACGAUUUGCGAGCGUCUCCGCUGUAACUUGGGGGUUGCUGGGUGGAGAUGUCGGGCCUGGCGCUGGCGGGGUUCGGCGGUCUCUGAUCGGGAAGGGGUGCGGGGGGGGGGACCUGCUCCUUCCCAGGCCACCGCUGCUCUGUAACUUUGCCGGGGUCGCUGUCGCUCCGUAGGGAUCAGCGGGGAGCUCUGAGUGCGUGAGCGGCUGCGAUGGCUUCCAAACUCCUGCGAGCCGUCGUGCUGGGUCCCCCCGGCUCUGGCAAAGGGACCGUGUGCCAGAGAAUUGCCGAGAGCUUCGGGCUCCAGCACCUUUCCAGCGGGCACUUCUUACGGGAGAACAUCAGGGCAAAGAGCGAAGUUGGUGUCUUGGCAAAGCAGUAUUUAGAGCGAGGCCUUUUGGUACCGGAUCAUGUCAUCACCAGUGUCAUGAUGAUGGAGCUGGAGAAAAAGCAGUCUCAGCAUUGGCUACUUGACGGUUUUCCUAGGACACUGGUGCAAGCUGAAGCACUUGACAGAAUCUGUGAACUGGAUCUAGUGAUCAAUUUAAAUAUUCCAUUCGAGACGCUAAAAGAUCGUCUAAGCGCUCGUUGGAUUCAUCCAGCUAGUGGAAGAGUGUAUAAUAUGGAGUUCAACCCACCUCAAGUACAUGGGAUCGAUGACAUCACGGGUGAACCAUUAAUCCAACGGGAAGAUGAUAAACCUGAUGCUGUUGCUGCUAGGCUAAGAAAAUACAAAGAUGCUGCAAAGCCAGUAAUAGAAUUAUAUAAGAGCAGAGGUGUCCUACACGCAUUUUCUGGGACAGAGACCAACAAAAUCUGGCCUUAUGUUUACACUCUGGUUUCCAGCAAGAUCCGGCCUGUCAAUUCCAAAGAAGCUGAUUAACCAUCUUAUGUAGAGGAUCAAGAAUUUAAUAUGGUUGUUCAUUUUGUUUCUCUGUGCUGUAUUGGUGCUAUGCCCAGUUAGAGGAUAGUACAAUGUCUAGAACAACUUCUUGGGUUUACUGGAGUUUACAGUUCUGGAAAUGCAGUUACAGCCAGCGUCAGGGUGGAAAAGAACUCUUUCUGUAAAAGGUGAAGUCUGCUGGAAUAAAUUUUAGUUUUCAUGCUAUAAAGUAUUGCUGAUGUGAUCUGGGAACCCUAAUCAAUG